UGCUGCCGUUCCUCGGUGCUGGCUGUCGCGCGGGCGGGAGCAAACAUGAGGUCAGAAGAGCCAGUCCCGUUACAUGAAGAAUUUAUUUACUGUUGUGGAGCUGCUACCCAUGUCUUAAAGUGUGGGCCCUGGAAGGACCUCUCAAAAGAUGAAAGUAAAAAUCUACCCAGGCUUUUAUUCAUGAUUAUUCCUGGUAACCCUGGAUUGGCAGGUUACUACAGGACCUUUAUACAGGCCUUAUAUUGUGGACUGAAUCAGCAGUAUCCAGUUUGGGUUGUGAGCCAUGCCGGGCACUGUAAGCCUCCCAGUGGUAUGGAGAUGAUAGAAGACACAGAUAUUAAGGAGCUAGAGGAUGUUUUUGGACUUAACGGACAAGUAGAGCAUAAGCUGAACUUCCUCAAAAAGAAUGUGUCAAAAAAUAUAAAGCUGGUACUGAUUGCUCAUUCUAUUGGUUGCUACAUCACACUGGAAAUGAUGAAGCGAGCAUCAGAACUUCAGGUUCUGCGCUCGGUGCUGCUCUUCCCAACCAUCGAGCGGAUGGCUCAGUCACCCCAAGGAAAGCUCAUGACGCCCUUGCUCUGCAAGCUCCGCUACGUUCUCUACAUGCCCGUCUACCUGCUGUCCUUCCUGCCGGAGGGAGUCAAGGCUUCCCUGGUGCGCUUUGCCCUGCGAGGAAUGAAAUCCUGUGAUGAGUCCUCCAUAACCACCUCAGUAAAUCUCUUCAGUGUGGAUUGCAUUGCAAAUAUCUUGUAUAUGGCAAGCCAAGAAAUGAUGAAGGUUGUGGAGAGAGACAGUACAACUAUAAAGCAAAAUUUAAAGAAGCUGAUUUUUUACUAUGGCAUUGGAGACAGCUGGUGUCCACAGCACUACUACGAUGAGAUCAAAAUGGAUUUUCCAGAUGGGGACAUUCGACUUUGUGAGAAAGGGCUCCGCCAUGCCUUUGUGCUAGAUGCCAGCAAGGAGAUGGCUUCCAUGAUUGCAGACUGGCUGCAGGAUGAUUUGACCAAAUUAUAAACAGUGAUUCAGUGAUUAACUGAAUGAUGUAAUUAUUUUGUGAAUGUGUAAUUUUUUGUGAGAGAGUCUGUCCUACUUUUCUCUGUUGAUUAUAGAUUGUGGCUUGUUUUCUACCAAGAUGUUUUAGAGAAAGUUAAAGAGAGACUGGCUGGUCCAAAGUAUAGUUUUAUCAAUUUAAUGGUUAUGUACCUGCAUGCUGUGUCUUCAGGACUCUGCAGGACUUGGCAAAGUACGGAACUUGACAAAGACUUGGUAAAGUAUGGAACAUUUUCUUCUAGCACUCUAGACCACACUGAUACUAGAUUCACUGGCCACAGGUGCACCUGAGCUUAGUACCACAUCACUUACAUGCUGAAGGGAUCAUUUUGGUGCAGCCGAACUGGUCUGCCUUAGAGAGAAAUAUCAGGCUACUCCAUCUGGUAUGGUUAAAAUCCCACUGUGGCAAUGGUCUUUUGUGAAAGGCCUGACCUUCUCCUCCUGUCUCAUAUGUCCAGGUUGCCCUGUCACAUGAGUAAUGACAGCCAAAAGGCCAAGGCCCCAGGACAACUCUGGUGCUGUCAGCGACAGGUCAGAUGGGUUUUGAAGGUCAGGUUGAGUUCAGGCUUUUUACAACAGAAAUGUGAACAUGAAGUAUGCAGUUUCUCUAAGUCUCAAGAGUUCAGGGCACUGCCCGGACUCCACCAUGUAGCAAGAACAGAGUAAGGCAAGUGUGGCUAUUCACCUAUUGAAUGUGUUUGGAGCACAUCUCUGGAACAUGAUCAAGUGUUUCAUUUUCAGAUUUAUUGUGGAGAAGUUAAAGACCCCCGGUCAAAAGUGCCAAUAUUAAAAGGUUAAAAAAUGAUAGGAGAAUCCAUAUUUAACUACCUAUAAGUGCCCUAGCACUAAGCUCAGAUUCUCUUAAUGAAGCCCAGGGGAACACUGUUUGCUCAGCAGCUUUGAAAAACUAAUCCAGUUUUGAUACUUGCCUAAAUUUCAGUUUCUUGUUGUAAGGACUGAAGUACAAACUUUUCUGCCAAGCCCCAAAUUAGAUAACUCUGUUAUAAGAAAAUGGCUAUUACUUCUUCCAUGGUUGCACCCAUAAAAUCGCAUGAAAUGGUAGUAUUUAGAACCUUGCUGUUGCACAUUGCUAACAAGUAUGCUGCUUCUCACAGUUGUUCAUCCCUCUCCGUUUUAGAUAAAAAAGACAGCAGAAAGAAACAUCCUACCACUUGUGAUAACACAAGAACUUACAGCCUAAAGCUAGAAAUGAAUAUAAUGCAAGUAAGGGGAACAGAGCCAAGUGUAAUCAGGAAAAGCUUUCUAGCCAUGAACCUGUGAAACAGUCUCCCAGUGGAGACAUUUAUAAAUAAACAAAACGCUACAUAAUAUAAUCAGGGGCAUCUCUGUCCUAGCAAGCAGAUUAAUUUAGCUGAUGCAUUAGGCAGCUGACUUAAAUAAUUUAAUAAGUUGAGGUACUACUGAGAAUGAUAUUGGAGAAAGUUCUCUGUGAGGCAGAAAGACUCACAGAAUAAGUAACCAUUUCCUCACUUUUCUUAUAUGGUUAUAUAGCACUUUUCACUCCUCUCUAAAUCCCCCUUUAAUCAUUCCUUGAUAUGUAGAGCAAUUUGUAAUAGAAUUCAGUUUCUGGAUAUUUUUGGACAAGUUUGGAACCUGCAGGCAGCCAGUGCGUUUAAGUGACCUUUUUUGCACUGUAAACUAGUUUACAUUUUGAGAGUAGCCAGUGAAUUUUCAGAUUAUACUGCCAUAGGAAAGGAAGAGAUGAUGAUGCUUGAGACAGAAGUGUUGAGACCCCCAGAGCUGCAGCACAGGGAGGAAACAGAUUUGUUCAAAGCAAAGGGAUUGUGCCUGUGCAAUUAACGGAUUUUGUAUUGGAGAAACAUGGAAACUUACUUUAUUUUCUGCGGGUCCACAUUCAGCAGUGAUCAGAACAACUGUAGCACUCACAUUUGAAAUCCACAGUUGUGUGUGUGUGUCUGGGUGUGUUCAUACAGCCCACAGAUGUUGAUGUGCUGUUACGGUGUAUGGUCUUCUAUGGCAGAUGCUAAAUGCAUCCAUUGGCCUAGGUGCUCCCUGUGACUGAAUAAGG